CUGUGGGGGCAGAGCGCCAUUUUGUGUGAGGCUAUCUCUGAAGAAAGGACUGUUCCUUUGCUGACUGUUGAUGUGCACUAUACCCAAGUACUGGAAGAAGUACCUGUACACUCCCAGAUUAACACAGGUUCCUUUUGUCAUCUGCCUUUAAAGCCAGUGAAUAUUCAUCAGUGACGUUGAGGUAAAGAAAAAGGCUGCAUGAUUAAUUCUGCUUUCAACACUGGAUGUGAAAGUCUGCUUAGAAAGCCUCUGUGUGGAAUGGCAGCAGAGAAGAGCAAGAAGUGCCUGCUUUUUGUGAGGAAGAACACACUGUGCUGUUUCCCCUGCCACAGCCACAGAGCCCUCACCAGCAGUUACUCAACUCCUUAGUCUGUGAGUGUGCCAAGAUCCAGCAGUUACCCAGCCCUCAGAUAAUUCUUUAUGUAUGAAGAUGUGCAUAGAUUGAGACCAAACACAAAAAACUUCCUAGUCCAGGUGUUGCUCUCCAACAAAGCAUUACUCAUCUCAGACUAAAGCAGAGGCUUGGCAGUGUGGGAGCGAGGAGAAUCCAGGUACAACAUGAAAGCAGCACCUUAAUGCAGCAAAAGCCCCAGGCAGCUCCUCAGGGUUUGGAGGUGUGGAGUGCAAUAGCCAAGGGAAUGAGUUGGGACAGGCGAAGUUGCCCUGCAUUCUCCUCCACCACGUGUGGUAGCAAAGAAGGGAUUGACACUGACACUGAUGGGAAGAAGAUACUGUCGUGCUUUGCCCAAAAAUGAGACAGAACAUUUUCUUUCCUCCUGAGGAAUAUGCACUGGAAACAGGCAAAAGCUGAGAUUAGGAAGGUGAUGAAAGAAACAAUACAACCAGAAUCCUAUCUCCACAACGUGAAGCAAAGAAGAAAUCUUACAUCACGGUUAAACUCAUUUUUCUGCCGAUGAUGGAUGAAGGCAACCCAAGACUUUCUUCAUGCUGAAUCAGCCACAAAUGGAAAAGGUGGUGAGACCACCUGGGUUGUGAAUAGCACCAUCAUUGUACAUGAGCAGCGUGGGGCUCUUUGUGUAUCCUGCAGGGAGGACAUACAACUGUAGGACAAGUACAGAGGGCUGAAGGACAACUAUGUCAACAAGGAAGCAACGCAGGAACAGAAAUCUGAAUCAAUAUUCAGUCAGACCCUUUAAUAAUGUAGCUCAUUUUGUACCGAUUGUUUUCUGCACCUUUUGCAUUGCCUGCCUGCAGUGAUGGUACAUCUACUGCAAUUCCCUGUGUAUCCUGGUGAUCCUUGUUUUUCCCAAGAUAAGGCAACCCAAGCCUUCUUGUUGGGUGAGGGGAGGGGAGAGGGAAGACCGGAGGAGGGCGCGGAGGCAACGCCGUCACCAGAGGAGGCGGUGGCGGGGAAGAGGAGGAGAAGAAGCCGGCGCGGAGCCUCGCCUCACCUCGUCUCGCCUCACAGCCCCUCCGCCGUCCCCGCCUCGCCGUCCACGGCCGCCGGAGUCACCGGCGGCCGCCCGUCCUCAUGAUGGCCUCGACCACCUGCACACGCUUCACCGACGAGUACCAGCUCUUCGAGGAGCUCGGAAAAGGGGCGUUCUCCAUCGUGAGGAGGUGUAUGAAAAUCACCACAGGACAAGAGUACGCUGCCAAAAUUAUCAACACCAAAAAGCUUUCAGCUAGGGAUCACCAGAAACUGGAGAGAGAAGCUAGAAUCUGUCGCCUCCUGAAGCAUCCUAAUAUAGUGCGGCUCCAUGACAGCAUAUCAGAAGAAGGAUUCCAUUACUUAGUCUUUGACUUAGUCACUGGAGGUGAACUGUUUGAAGAUAUAGUUGCAAGAGAGUAUUAUAGUGAAGCAGAUGCCAGUCAUUGCAUUCAGCAGAUCCUGGAGGCCGUGCUGCACUGCCAUCAGAUGGGCGUGGUCCAUCGCGACCUCAAGCCUGAGAACUUACUUCUAGCUAGCAAAUCCAAGGGAGCGGCAGUCAAACUGGCAGACUUUGGAUUGGCUAUAGAAGUCCAGGGAGAACAACAGGCUUGGUUUGGCUUUGCUGGUACCCCAGGGUACCUUUCUCCAGAAGUGUUACGAAAAGAUCCCUAUGGAAAACCUGUGGAUAUGUGGGCAUGUGGAGUCAUUCUGUACAUCCUCCUGGUGGGAUACCCUCCCUUCUGGGAUGAAGACCAGCACAGGCUUUACCAGCAGAUCAAGGCUGGUGCUUAUGAUUUCCCCUCGCCAGAAUGGGACACAGUGACUCCUGAAGCAAAAGACCUUAUCAAUAAAAUGCUCACCAUCAACCCAGCAAAACGUAUCACAGCAUCAGAAGCACUAAAGCAUCCAUGGAUCUGUCAACGUUCUACUGUUGCCUCUAUGAUGCACAGACAAGAGACUGUAGAUUGCUUGAAGAAAUUCAAUGCAAGAAGAAAACUAAAGGGGGCCAUUUUGACAACAAUGCUGGCUACCAGAAAUUUCUCAGCAGCCAAGAGUUUACUGAAAAAGCCGGAUGGAGUUAAGAAAAGGAAGUCCAGUUCGAGUGUUCAGAUGAUGAUAAACAACAAAACCAACGUGGUAACCAGCCCCAAGGAAAAUAUUCCUACCCCGGCGCUGGAGCCCCAAACUACAGUAAUCCACAACCCUGAUGGAAAUAAGGAAUCAACAGAGAGUUCCAACACAACCAUCGAGGAUGAGGAUGUGAAAGCUCGUAAGCAGGAGAUUAUCAAGGUGACCGAGCAGUUGAUUGAAGCCAUCAACAACGGGGACUUCGAAGCUUACACAAAAAUCUGUGAUCCGGGCCUUACGUCUUUUGAACCUGAAGCUUUGGGUAAUCUGGUAGAAGGGAUGGACUUCCACCGGUUUUACUUCGAAAAUGCUCUGUCCAAAAGCAACAAGCCGAUCCACACGAUCAUCCUGAACCCGCACGUGCACCUGGUGGGCGAGGACGCGGCGUGCAUCGCCUACAUCCGCCUGACGCAGUACAUGGACGGCAGCGGCAUGCCAAAGACUAUGCAGUCCGAGGAGACGCGCGUGUGGCACCGGCGCGACGGCAAGUGGCAGAACGUGCACUUCCACCGCUCGGGCUCGCCCACCGUACCCAUCAACAGAAAAGCAGGACGAAGGAGAGGAAACAACUUGCAGCUUUCCUGGGUCAGGGAAUGCAGAGCUGGACCGGGGCCAAGGCAGCGUAGCUGGAGCAGCGGUGUUGGUGUGGCAGUGAAUGCUAUUCCAGAAAUCGGUUUGAUUUCCAUUUUAACCAUGCUCCUGCAUAAAGCUGUUUGACAGCAGCGGAAUUGCUACUGAUUUCAGGAGAGUACAAGAAGAGACUGUUCUGAGCGGAAGGGAGCCCAGUGCUUUCAUUUAUUCCAUUUUUAAUCAAAUAGAGUUAUGGAAAACCUUCAUGAAUGAAUGAAGCUUCUCAAGUGGACACCUCAAUUCCAAUCAAGUCUUUAUAAAGAAAAAAAAUCACAAACACAAUGAUGAGGACUAACAGAAAAUGGAUAUUGAACAGAACAAAACGCUGGAGAACUGAAGCUAGUUACAAACAGAACACAAUGCUU